CCACCACCACCACCCAUGGCGCGCCAUCCUAGGCCCCCCUCCCCGUCCCCCUCUCCGCCGCCCGCGCCCCCCUCCGGCCCGGACGCCGCCGCCUUCGACCCCGUCGAGGAGUGGCUCCUCGACUUCGACUUCGACUUCGACCAGGCCAUGGCGAGCGAGCUAGCCAAGAGCUUCUGCCUCGCCGACGACGCGGCGCCCGCUGGGGUUGAUUCUGCGUCGGUGCCCGAGGGCGGCGGAUUGGGCGUGGACCAAGUCGUCAAGGAGGAGGGCGAGGUGGAGGUCGCGGAGGAGGAGGGCGUCCCAUUGGAAGUCAAGAAGGAGGCCGUCAUGCUGCUGGGUGGUGGACUGGGCUGGGAGCUUGCCCCGGACCAGGCUCCCGUGUUGGGGACCGGCGAUUUGGUUGCUGGUUUGGAGCCAGUGAUUGAUGCUGAGAUGUGUACCGCAGCUGCCGGUGAUGCCGAGGCUAGUACCGUAGCUGCCGUACAUGCCGAGGCUCGUACCAUUGUCGAUGCUGAGAUGAGUACCGUAGCUGCUGUUGCUGCUGACACUUGUACCACCAUGGCUGCUGUUGAUGCUGAUACAGAUACUGGUGCCGUAGCUGCUGCUAAUGCUGAUACUAGUGCCGGGGCUUCUGUUGAUGCUGAGAUGAGUACCUUAGGUGCUGUUCAUGCAGAUGCUAAUACCAUAGCUGCUGCUGCUGCUGCUGCUGAUACUAGUACCAUAGCUGCUGUUGAUGCUGAGAUGAGUUCUGGGGCCGUGGUAAAUGAGGAAGUGGAGUGUGGAGGAGGCAAGGGGGAGGAGGAGAGCAAGGACAAAGAGUCGGAGAGCAGCGAGGAUGGGGAAUUAAGUGAAGCAUCAUCGAGCAGUGAUGAUGAGGAGCAGCCGGCCGAGAAUGAUGAGGAGUCAAGUGAAGCCUCAUCGAGCAGCGAUGAGGAAGUGCCGGUGGCCAAAAAACAUGGUGGUCGUACGGACAUGGAAGCCCUCCUUGAAGAGGGUGAGUUGAUGGUUGGAGUCGAGGAUGAUGAUGAGGAUGAAACACCAAAAGGUCCUAUCAAGUCCAAACAUGAAGUACAGGUACUUCCUCCAGUUCCAAAGAUUGAAGUGCAGUUGGAACCGCAUCAUAAGGCACUUCCAGUGGGAGCAAUUACAGCUAUCAUGGGGGAGAGAGUGAUUGUUGAAGGGUCAGUGGAACACAGUCCCCUGACUGAGGGUUCUAUACUCUGGAUAACUGAAAGCAGGACACCACUUGGUAUUGUUGAUGAAAUAUUUGGACCUGUAAAAAAUCCUUACUAUCUUGUGCGGUAUAACUCCGCGGAAGAAGUGCCUGCUGGGAUCGGUGCAGGAACUACUGUCUCUUUUGUUGCGGAGUUUGCUGAUCAUAUCCUAAAUAUGAAGGAACUAUAUGCCAAAGGCUAUGAUGAAUCUGCUGACCAUGAUGAGGAGGCAGAUGAACCUGAAUUCUCUGAUGAUGAGCAGGAGGCUGAGUACAGAAGAUCACAACGACUGGCAAAAAGGCAGACUGAUAGGCCGCAUGAUUCUAAGAAACCUUCUGGUGACAAGAAGAGGGCACAAACCAGAGGUGCUGGAUUUCGAAAUGACAUGCCACCGAGGAUCCACGAUACACAGACAUGUGAUCACCAGUCACAGCGUCGUUUCCACCAGUCGGAUAUGGCUGACAGAGUGGCACAUCAGUCGGGUCAACAAAAUUCUCCGAUGAGUACACCAAGAAGGGACAUGCCACCUAGAAUCCAUGACGCAUCCACACCAGAUCGCCGACCACAGCCUCGAUUUCACCGGUCUGAUACUGCUGUUGCUGAUAGCACAACACGACAAUCGGGUCCUCAAAACUUCCCUAUGAGUGCACCAACAAUGCUGCCAUCAAUCUCAAUGAAUCAUGCUAUGCCAUCACCUGUUCAACUUGCGAAUCAGAUGGGCAGUUGCUUCAUCAAUCCAUCACAGCAGUUCUCCCAGCAGCCAAAUAUGGUUUGGCCUGGCGGGCUUCCACCUGCAGGGCAGCCAAACAUGGGAGUUGACGGAGCUGCUCUUGCAGCUAAUAUUAUGCAGAAUAUACUUAUGGGAGCCAACCAGUUCCAGCAGUAUUUACAGAAUCAGAACUUUGGUGGCUUCCCAAACGGAAUGCCCAUGGCCCAACCACAAUUUAUGCCAGGGGGCACAAUGAGUGCAAAUAUGAUGCCAUUUGGUGGACCAAUGGUAAAUCAUCCUUUUGGUCAGGCAUCUCAAUUUCCUAUGGGGCAAGGCAACUUUGGCCAGUUUCCACACAUGGCUGGCAACCAAGGGCAGCCUGCUGGAUUUCCGAACACCCAAGGAUUUGGACGCGUCCCAUCACAGCAUGAAGAUGGAGAUCAGUCUCCUGGAUUUGCAAACAUGCAAGGAUAUGGGCGCCUCCCAUCACCACAUGGAGAUGGAGGUCAGCCUCCUAUGCAAUUCAAUUCCCUACCAUCACCCCAUGGAGAUGGAGGUCAGCCUCCUAUGCAAUUCAAUUCCCUACCAUCGCCCCAUGGGGAUGGAGGUCAGCCUCCUAUGCAGUUCAAUUCCCCACCUUCACCCCGUGGAGAUGGAGGUCAGCCUCGUAUGCAAUUCAAUUCUGGGCAGUUUAAUCAGGGGAACUCGUCCUUCCGUGGCAGAAGGCCGCAGCAACGCGGAGGCCGGCAUUCGCCAGGGAGAGGUGGUGGUGGCGGCCGGCAUCGCAAGUAGUUAGCCAAUGGUGGUACUUUCACCCCUGGUGUAAUUUUGACUCUGUGUUGGAUGAAUUUGGGUUAAAUUCACAAGCAUGCUGCUCCCAUGUACUCACAAACUAGAGGUGUAACCGAUUCCCUGUAACACGUGAGUUAUUGCUUGUUGUAAUACCCAUCCAUCCAUGAUAUCUUUGAUGAGGUGUCCUGUGUCUGUUCCACUGACAAUGACAAAGGAUCCUGUUGCCUAUGUGGAAUUUGAUGCGUUUCUUUUUGGCCA